CAAAGGGCUACUAAGCUCAUUUUUGUUUCCAAGAAAAAAGUCAUCAUCCAUACCUCUGCCACCGGUGGUGCUAUCCCCAGGACAUUUGUGCUCCGCCAAGAACCUGCUACGCCUUCCAAUUGGCUAGUGAUACAGAAAUUUAGAGAUCUCUUCACGUUUGUUCCAUCCGACGAAAUUGAAAUAUCACUCUCUGAGUGUAUCGGACAUGGAGCCGCGGGACAAGUAUUCAUCGGCACCACGGAAAACGAAAAGUAUGCCGUCAAGGUCGCGCCUUGGAAGACCGAAAGACGGAUGUUGCAAAUGGAAGCUGAUAUUUACAAGACUCUAUUGGACCUGCAAGGACGAUGCAUUCCUAGAAUUUUUGGAUUUUUCGGCUCUGAACAUCUCAAAGCAUUGAUUAUGGAGUACCUGGGUCCCACUGUCGAGAACGUCUUGGACCUCAGUUUAGAUCAACGUCACCAGCUACUGGAGGAACUUUGUUUGAUUCAUGCACGUGGAAUUGUGCUUGGAGACCUUCGAGCCGCAAACAUCGUCUUGAAAAAUGGAUCUCCUCAUUUUAUCGAUUUCUCGCAUGCGCAUGAACACCAGUGCACUGGAUUCACGAAAUGCUCUGAGCUUAUCAUGGCAUGUCAAUUCUUUUCGUUGAAUGCCGAGCUCGAGAAUCCAUCGUAGAUCGGCCCUCAGUAGUGGAAAGGUGUGGAGUUGACAGUUUCGGAAAGGCGCAUGGCAAAUGUAGUGAUAGUUCUGAGCUUAUGUAGCAAAUGAGAAGGGCAAUCAUAUUCACCAGGCCUUCAUCUAUCGUACCCAUUUAUGACCUGUAUCAA